AUGAACGCUAGAAAUGAUACACGCGAAGGGGAGAAGGAACGACAGAGACGAAGACAACGUGGUCUACUGUUUCAGAAUGACUUUCUCGGCUGGGAUGUUAGAGAGAGCCCGCGGUCUGCUCCAUCAAUAACUAGGUCCACAAGGUCAUGCACAGAGUAUGGGUAUACGUCGAGAAAUCCGAUCUUAGUUGAUCACUUGGAUCCUCUUGACGUGGACAUACUGCAUCAGCGACAUGCCUUUGAUUUACCCUCGCAGGCUGUCUGUGAUGCUCUUGUGGACGUGUUCUUCAAGUGGAUUGCACCAGUGUUGCCCGUGAUCAAUCGGCACGACUUCAUGCGUCGUUAUCGUAACCCUCAGGACCCUCCGUCAAUCCUCUUACUUCAAGCCGUACUCAUGGUAGCUUCAAGAUUCCAUUAUGAUGCCCAGAGCUCUGGAAAUGGCAUAAUCUCUCCGCGCAUCUUAUACAAGAAAGUGAAAGCUUUAUAUGAUGCUGGAUACGAAAGAGACCCUACCACAGUCCUCCAAGCUGUAGUGUUACUAGGCGUGUACUGGGAUGGCCCUGAUGAUCUCACGGAAAGUGGGAUAUUCUAUUGGAGUCGGUUGGGAAUAGCUUUGGCUCAGGAAAACGGACUUCACAAGAGUGAGAACUACGUAACACUGUCUGCUACGAAGAGGAGGAUCUGGAAGCGGAUAUGGUGGACACUGUACACGCGGGAUCGAUCGGUUGCUGCAGCAUUCGGCCGCCCUCUUCACAUCAAUUCCGAAGAUUGCACUGUGGAAGACCUGAAAGAAAGUGACUUUAUUGAGUAUGAUGAGGAAAAUGACAGUGCAACAGACCGUACAGCAAUCGUCUUUUUUAUGCAGUACGUGAAACUCUGCCAGCUAAUGGACCUUGGUCUGUGCUUGAAGCUGUCUUCCAGGUCGACAGAGGACAGUCGGAUGAAGGGGGCUGCGCAAUGCGAACUUGGUCUGAAUGACUGGCUUGUCUCUUGUCCCUCCGAGCUGCAGUGGAGACAGUCACGUCAUAACUUUUGGUCAGCGAUAUUGUAUUCGACCUUCUAUACCAUUGUAUGCCAGUUACAUCUUUUGCAAGCCCCCGACUCGUCAAAGGAAGCCCAAAGCUCAGCUUUUCAUGCUGCCACGAGUAUCGUGUCCAUCCUUGAAACCCUGCAGUCCAGGGGCGAGCUAAAGUACACACCAUCAUUUAUAAUCUGCCACGCUGUUGUCUCUUUCGUCACCCUGAGAAGCCAAAUGGAAGCCUCAAUACCGUCACUCCUACAUGCCAUCCGACAAAAUUUGGAAGCCAACCUAGACAUGCUCCAAGUACUUUCUCAUACAUGGCCCAUUGCAGCAAUGUUUGUAGAACUCUUUCGCAUUAUGACUGGCCCAGAACAGUUUGAGCGAAAGUUAUCAGUCGCUGCAGAGAAGUGCCGGAAACGAUCGUCCUUCAGAUUCUGCAAAGGGAAACCCAGAAGCAAUCUAACUCGCAAGGCACACUCUACAACGAGUUGA